AUGGCACCCGUGAACGUGCAAAGGGUGUACUCGGUGUUCCACCUGUUCGCAGUGGACACGGCGGACGCACACGCCGGUGCUGCUGCUGCCCAGGAUGCAAUUCGCGAGUCGUACAUCCCCGUCUGCUUCUUGGCUGCGGCGGCACGGGAGAUAGGCUACUACCCCACUUCCUCCGCCGUUAGUCAGUUCACUAAGACGGUGCCGAGCGCUGCGGCCGGCGCUGUGACCUUCGCAGCCUUUCUGCAGUUCUGCGAGAAUGUUGCGCACACGAAUCAGCCAGGGAGGUCGGCUAUCUACAAGUUGGUAGACGACAUAGACCCGCGAGGUAGUGGGAUGAUUAGCCAUCGCGAGCUUCUCCUCGUCUUGACCAGCGGCUCCGCUACCAUCACUGACGGUGAGAUCGAUGCCGCUAUGAAACUGCUGGAUCCGACAAACUGUGGGUACGUCCAGCUCGCCGACCUGGCAGCCUUGCUCAUCGACUCAUGCGAGCGUCAGCAACAACCGGAGAAACAGCAGCAGCGCUGUGGCGCAGCACGCGACUCUCACUCAAGACAGACGUCCGCGCAGCCGGAGGACUCGAGACAACAUCUGAAGCAGUGGCGAGGAGACUUCACGAAACGGGGGUACGAGACUCCACCGUCCCCGCCACUUACAACAGCUGCAGCAGAGGGGGAACGCGCGCAGGCGCCGGAACAGCGCCGGAGCGCCGCUGCCGUCGGCGAGUGCGAUAGCUCCUUAAAGCGCACAGGCGUCGGCUUGACCGGUGAGGCAGCUUUUCAACCCCAUGGGAGCCUGUGCGAUAGGCAAAACACCGUUGAGCAAACACAAACGCCAAUGACGGUUGACGCGGACGUGCAGCUGUCAAAGCGCCACUCGACACCGACGUUGUGGCGCAGGCGGUUUGCCAAGAGCUCCUCAGUAGCUGUAUCACCGGCCACUCCGUUGCAACGUGCCGGCGGUGGCAGCGCUGCCUCGAGCCCCGCAGCGCAGACGCCGGUUCGUCCUCUCCAGCCUACUGUCUCUGCAGCUGCAACCGAAGGCGCACCUCCUCAGGAUAAGGCGGUCAACAAUGAACCUCAUCUUCACUACAGAAGUGGCGCCGACGCGAACGGUGGCGCACGCUACACCGGACUCAAGGAGCGCAACUCAAAGCAGCAGGUGUACUCCAGUGCGGAGCUAAACGCCAGAGGUGGUGGUGUUUUUGCAGGUGGCAAUCGUUCAUCAGGCACAGAGGCGGCACUGGUGACGACUGCCGCUAUGCCGACGAAGAAAGCGGAUGGACUGAAGUGCUGCGUCAUGCUCUAG